GUCAGUGCGAAACUGGAAGAGUUUAACCUGAAAAAGCGCCAAAUAAUUAAUCACAAUAAAGAAAAGGUUAGAUAGAUUGAUUCCAUCAAAAUUAAACCGUGUGAAUCGGAUUAUCUUUAUCUCCAACCCUGGGUUUUCCGCCUUUUGCCUCUCUUUCAGUUUUUUCUCAUAAUAAAAAUUUUUUUUUCUUUUCUUUGACCAUUUACUUUCUUUCCAAACCGAUCAUUGCCUUUUUCUAGGGUUCCUUGCUUCUUCUUGUGCUUCAUUCUCUUUUCUCCUCUUUCAAAACUCUGUUUCUUUUCUUUACUCUGCCAAACACGUCUGCUUCCAAUGGCUGACUUCACUACCUCUUCUUCUGCUGCUGCUGCUUCUUGCUCCUUGUUCGAGAAGCCGCUCGUAUUAACCGCAACUUCUUCAUCUUCUCCGCCAUCUUCUUUCGGUGGAGCACUUAGCGAUGGUUCCGAAGACGGCUGCAGUAUCUGUCUCGAGCCUUUCACUGUUCAAGAUCCUGUCACUGUUACCAGUUGCAGACAUGAAUAUCAUCUUCAAUGCAUUCUUGAAUGGUCUCAAAGAAGCAAAGAGUGCCCGAUAUGCUGGCAGUUAUUUGUCCUGAAAGACCCUGCCAGCCAAGAGCUUCUAGAUGCCGUCAGAAAUGAAAGGUACUGCAGAUCAAGGAACAUAUCUGCUGUGCCCACAGAUUUGCAUCAUUUCCAUGAUGUUUUUGGUAUUCCAGAGGAUGCAUUCCAUUCAGAUGAUUUGGACUUUGAUGAACGUAUUUUGCAGCAUCUAGCUGCUGCUGCAAGCCAAGCUCGUUAUGUUCGCAGAAGGGAAAGGCAAAGAUCUUCUGGACUUGGCCCUUCUCAAGUUCUUUUUCUUACCUCUCCUGAAACUAUGCCAAGGGCACAGCCUACGCAUCCAACUUCAUCAGAUGAAUGCCAAAACUUAAGUUAUUGGUCCCAGCAUGAUUCACUGGCUUCAGGCAUGCCAUCAGUUAAUAUUGACCCCCCAUCACCUUUGACCCCAGCUGUUAAUGUGGUCUCUAGAGCUGCUGCCAGUGGAGAUAAAGCUACAAAACUAAGUCAGCCACAACUGGAUACUGCUCGUAGACCAAUCUCAUCUGAAAUGUUCUCUUUCUCAGAGUCUAUAAAAUCUAAAUGGUCCAUUGCUUCCGCCAGAUACAAGGAAUCAAUUUCUAAAGGUACCAGAGGUCUGAAAGAGAAGCUUCUUGCUCGUAAUAACUCUGUUAAGGAGCUCAGCAAGGGAGUGCAGCGUGAGAUGAGUGCGGGGAUUGCUGGUGUUGGAAAAAUGAUUGAGCGCCUAGAUAUUGCAAUAAAAAGACCUGGAGCUUUUAGAUCCGCUUCUGGUGGCACUGGUGGUACUGCAAACUUUUUAUUCAAGGGAAAGGGCGUGCAAGAAAAUGUUAUUGCUCAAAAUCUUAAUAACAGUGUAGAUUUUGGACGUGGUUUAAAUUCAGAAGCAUCAUCUUAUCACUCUAAUACUGUCCCAGUGAUACUAGAAGUUUCUCACACCCAGACGGAUCACUGAUGCUUUCAGCUAAGGCACUGGCUGGUUCGCGGUGGCAGUUAAAAUUUUGUUCUGGAUGAGUUUAUGUGAUGCGAGUGACGUUACAGUCAGUGAGGAAACCAAUUUGCCCGUUGGUUCACGUCCUGCAUUGGCUAUUUAUGCAAAAAAAAGUGCCAAGUUGGAGGGUAUAUAGCGUUUAUUAUCCUGACACAUUUUCUGCUGUAAUAAACACUGGUAGUAGUGGGAGAGAUAGCAAGAAUUAUGAAAGCAUUUAUCUUUUCUCGUAUUUCGUAUUUUCUGUUUGCAUUUUGAUUUUACAGAGAAGCUUGGGAUUCAGCUUUUUCUGUUUAAUU